AGUUUAAUAGCAGUAGGAAAUGGCUUUAAAUAGCCUAACAAGGAAGACAAAGUCGUCUGUACAACUGAAACAGGAAAAUAAGGAAACAUAGCAUAAAAAUCUCAAACAACUUCUUGACUCCAACAGACUCCAACAGACUUGGAGCAUUAUUCUUGACCAACGACUGAUUCAAAUCCAACACUUUCUUUCUCUCUAAGCUCUCUAAGCUUGGGGCUGUGAGAAUGUAUGCCAGAAUGUCAGCCAAAAAUGAAAAAGCAAGAAUCCAUCUCUACAAAUGCAACAGGGGGCAGAGAUGGUGCAAGGGAAAUGGGAUGAGAAGCCAUGAAGCCGUGCAAGAACAUUGGAGGAAAUGUCACAAGGUUGUUUCGGGUAGAACCUGCCGAGCUUGCGGAAACUACAUCGAGGAGGGGCUUCCUUGCCGAAGCUUUGAGCCUUGUCCGAUGAGUCUCAGUAAGUUCCCUCUGGCCCUUCUCGACGAGGUGAUCAGGCGUCGGGGUAAGGAUGAAAAGAAGGCCUACUGGAUGAAGAGCAGACGCAAAGAAGCUCAUGACCAAUUAUAUUGGAUAAAAUUUUUAACCAAGGCUGAGAUGAAGAAGCACCUUACUCUGGAACAACAACAACUCCUCAUGAAGGGAAGAAAGAAAAUGAUUGAGUUCUACUUGGAGGAGAAUGAUUACGACGAAGACACCUAUCUCGGCGAUCACGACGAAAGCGAUGAUGAGAAGGACGGCAAGGAGGAGUAGAUGAAGAAGAAACAGGUACUAGAUUGGUGGUUUGGAUCACAAUAACAUUGCCACCCUUUUGAAUAUUUGCUAUGUUUGUUUGGAUCUUCUUAUGGAUUGUUUGUUGCUAUGUUUGUUUGGAUCUGCUGCUUAUGGGAUGUUUGUUACUGUUUUAUAUGCUGUUGUUUAUCCCACUACUUACUGCUCUAUUGCUUUGUUAAAAUGUGCACUGAAAUUUUCAACUAUGUAUAAUAUGUAUGUUGUUUACUCAUAGAGAAAUCAGGGAUCUUCA